AUGAUGGAUAGCCGGGUGCUGGAGCACUCCCACGCCGGGUUUGGGAGCUCAUUGGGCGGCGUGGUCGGAGUGGGAUUCCCCUCCUAUCACCACCACCACCUGGCCCAUCACCACCACCACCACCACCACCGCCGUGUCUACGACUUGAGCGGGGGUCAGCUGCACUCUUCGGGCACCUUGCCCUUCACCAUAGACGGCUUGCUGAGCUCCAGCAGCCCGCUCCUGCUGUCGGGGUGCGGUGGUGUCAACGCAGCAGACAAUCAGGCAUACACACUGGCAGACUCGGGAGACCUCGUGGAGAAGGAAAGCCCCGGUGGAGGCGGCGGCGGAUGCAAACGGAGACGCACGCGCACCAACUUCACGGGCUGGCAGCUGGAGGAGCUCGAGACGGCCUUCGCAGAGAGCCACUACCCGGACGUCUUCAUGCGCGAGGCGCUCGCCCUCAGACUGGACCUCGUGGAAUCGCGAGUACAGGUGUGGUUCCAAAAUCGUCGUGCCAAAUGGCGUAAAAAAGAGAACACCAAAAAGGGCCCAGGUCGUCCGGCCCACAACGCCCACCCGACCUCCUGUAGUGGGGAACCCAUGGACCCGGAGGAGAUCGCACGACGCGAACUCACACGACUCCAGAAGCGCCAACGCAAGCAGGAGCGACGGCAACUGCGUGCCAGCCUCCACCAGUCCAAAAUGGCCACAGGGCCCGGGGGGUUAGAGGUCGGGAUGGCGGCGGGGGUGGGGGCGGGGAUGGCUGACACUCUGCUGCACACGCCCGGCUCCGACAGCGACAGCGGCGUAUCGCAGAGCACGGACGGGGAAGCCACUCCCACUCCCACGAACCGGCCAACAAGCAGGCUCUCGGGCGUCGUCGCCACACCAAUGCCAACCAGCAGCCCCAUUGCCAUGGUGAUGCCUACCACCAUCACGCCAUUACAUACACAAACACAAACACAAACACAUGGCCUGACGGACUGCAAGUCGCCCUCAGGAGACCGAGGAGGAGUUACCCCAAAGCCGAGUCCGUUCAGCGUGGAGUCCUUGUUAUCGGACACCAGACACCCCAGGAGGAAAACCACCCAGACUCCUGUGGGGACUCCGCCCACUCACACUUGCACUCACGCCUCAUUGGUGGGCAGCGGAGGUCACUUCCUGCUCUACCCUGUCACCCAGCCAAUCGGCUUCAUGGUGCCGCAGACGGCCGUCAGAGCAGUAGCUGGGCUGGGCCCUGGAGAGAGGAGCUGUAUGCCAAUCACAUGCAGGGGGAGGGAGACCACACUGCCAUUCACCAAUCACAGCAGUGAAGCACUCGCCUCCACACUGCCAUUCACCAAUCAGCACUAUGUGUCCUCUGAAGAGCCCGCCUUCGCACUGCCAACCACCAAUCACAGCAGGGAAGACCUUCACCCCUUUACCCUCCUUUCCACCAACCAGCAGCCUGUCUUCUCUGAAGAGCACGCCUCCACACAGCCGUUCUCCAAUCACCAAGUCUCCUCUGCGGACUCCUGCCAUUGGUGA